UUUUCAAUUUGGGUACCAGUGCAGUAGUAUACAGGAAAGAGGACAAAAUGCCUGACUCUACUGAUGUUGUAUAUAGGAAAGAGGAUAACAUGCCUAACUCCAUUGCAGUGGUAUAUAGGGAAGAGGAUAACAUGCCUAACUCCAUUGCAGUAGUAUAUAGUAAAGAGCACAAAAUGCCUGACUCCACUAGUAGUAUACAGGAAAGAGAAAGUGCAACUUUCACUACAACCAUUGUCUUACUAAUCACAGGUAAAGUUGUGAACAGAACGGUGAGCACUGAACAGAACGGUGAUCACUGAACAGAACGGUCACCACUGAACAAAACGACUACAAGCAUCCUAUAUAUAGCUUUGUACGGAGAAACUACGCAGAAGUCUGUUGUCAGCGCAGUAUAGCAGAUCCCAGCGUUGAAGACUGCUGCUGUAGCGUUUGGUUAGCUGUAGACGGCUCAGCAUACAGUAACAGGUGUGAAGCAGGUUGGCUAACUACGAGGUUUAUCUGCAGAAGAUCGCAAAAUCACCGAAAACUGAUAGACAUUGUGAGCGACAUCUUAAUAUCGUACAUAGUACAUAGGAGCUCAAAAUCUGAGAGACCUGAUGAACAUCACUAAUUCUACAAUGUGGCCCAAUGCGUCAACUGACCAGCCGGGAGCCAGGAACGGUCUCCAACCAAGGCAGAUGUUGUACAUCAUAUUGGUCCUGCUGUCAAUCAUCGGUCUCGUCUGCCACGCCCACCACACGUGGAAGGUUAUCCGGGACCUGGAAAACGGCCUCGUGACGAUGUAUCAGUGGGUGGUGAUCGGUGCUGGGCUGUUGUUCUUUCUGGAAGCUGUCGUGACCGGGGUGGCUGGUAUAGUUCUCGACAGUUCCCCCAUACUAUCAGUGACCUUGAUCUCUCUCCUCAUCGCCUGUAUGGCCCUUGUGUUGUCUGACUGCCGCCAUGCUCAAGGGUACAUACCAUAUGUUACUGCCUGGCUGAAGUCUAAAAAAGAGAAAAAACAGGACUGGGUAUAGAUAACACCAUGUGGCGUCAUCGAUGACGUAGAUGGUACCACAUGAUGACAGUCUAUGACGUAUGCAGCUUCGGGUCCGGGGACUGGGACACACCUGUGACCUAUCUGUGGCGUCACGUAGUUCAUGAGCAUUAUAGGCUGUGGGUUUGCAGGGAGUUCGUGUGAGAUAGAAAUAUGUAUAGGCGACGCUCUCUUCACCCAAGAUAGUCAUGGUACAGUACAGCCGGAUCCCAGCCGAAUAUCCUACGCUCAUCGUGGCCAUAUCAUACGCGGAAGAUCCGGCCAUCAUGCGAGGACUAUAGCACCAGUGUUUGUAUCGUAUUACUGGAGAAUACUGCGCAUGCAUACUGUAAUACAAGCUUGUACACAUUGGGAACAUGUGAAUGAUGCUGUGACGUCACCAUUAGCUGCAGAAAAUAAUCUGCAAACAUCUAAAUAGUUACAUUCUUGUAGUUGUAGAGUUUAGACGUUGACUCCUCCUAAGACCAUACACGUGUAGCACUUAUGUCGAUUACGUAAAAUAAAGCGCUGCGGAAAAUUAUGCUUAGAUCGUCCGGCCACGAUGGUCCCACGGUGGCGCUAUGAUACGCGGAUCCCGAUCGGGUUGUACACCCACCAUGCGCCUACACGGGAACAUAAUCUGAUCAUGGUGGGCUCACCGUACGCCGACAGUGGAGCCAUAAUGGGCGUAGGAUCUUCGGCUGGAAUGUGGGUGUUCUGUACGUGCAACAUGACAUGUACACGUAUUCUGGUUGACGCGAAA